CCCUCCGUCCCAAUAAACUUGUCCCAUUUUCCUUUUUGGGUUGUCCCAAUAAACUUGUCUCAUUUCUAAAUUGGGUAAAUUUUAGGGGAUAAUUAGUAACUUAAUUAGGGGCUGAUUUUAAUUAAGUUACUAACUAAGUCAAACCUAUUAACUUCAAUUAUACCUACUCUAUUUUCAUUUCUCACUUGGCUCUCUCUCUCUCUCUCUCUACUGCCGACUCUUCUCCUUCCUCCUAGAAAACCCUAAAUCUCACCGACGCCGCCUCCCCCUUUCCCCCUCCGUUCCGCCGGCGCCUCGCGGCGUACCACGUCUCGGUGUACCGGCGCCGGCUUAGAUCGGUAAAUCACCAUCGAUUCGUGCUCUAUUUCGGUAAAUUCGUGGUUUGGCCGCCUCCCUCCUUGACCCAUCUGUUCGGUCACCGCCCUCUGUUCAUAUCUGCACAGAUCAACGCCAAGAGGCCCCGAUCGGUAAAUCCACGAUGAUGAGCAACCCUUGGGAGGGCUUCCUGAGCGGAACGUACGUUCCCGACACGGAGGAGGAUUUCUCGACUUGGGGUGAGCCGUCGGCGGUGUAUUUCCCAUUCUCGGCGACUUUCUCAGAGGAUGAGGAGGAGUCCGAUGCGGUGGAAGAGUUCGAGGCUGUUUGUGAGUCGCCCAGAGCCCUAGCUCCGGAGAAAUCAAGGUUUUCCUUGUUUAGGCGUCUUAUGCAUUUAAAUCGCACUAAAUGUAAGAUUGUUCCUACUGUUGAAAACAAGAUUGCUAAUUUCCAUUGUUAUUCCCUUCUUUAUGAGGAAAAAUGGGACGACGUAGUCCGUUAUAACGGUCCGGAGUCCCCUGCAAGUAAGCUUUCGAGGAUGCUUGAAGAAUCGCCGAAGCUCCUAAAAUUUAUGCAAAUACUGCUCUCUUUUCCAGAUUAUUGGCGUUCCAUAGCCGACGACAAACGCCAAAUUUGACAACAGCAGCCUGCAUUCUGCCCCGUUUUGGCUUCCCACCAUGACUAUCUUCAAGCACAAAUUGCACAAUGGAGUUUCUCUCUCCCGUUGUUAGAUCUUUGAACCCCAUUUUUUUUAAGGGUUUAUUGUGGCUGCAAGUAGGCUGCCACAAUUUUUUUGGUUUGAAGUGUAAUAGCCAUGCAAUAUGUUGGUGUGUAGUGAAUGGCAGAUUUUAUAGAACUUGGCAAUGUAUUUUGGUGGGAAUUUUGAAAAUUGUUGAUUUAAUGAAAAAUUUCAGAUUUUCAGUCAA